AUGAGUACAACAAAAGUAUUCAAAUCAACUUCAAUGAAUGAAGUCAAAUUAGGAAGAAUAGGGACAGUUGGGGAUAGUAGAAGAUAUCAAAAAUUGACGGAAGUGGACCCGUCGAUCAUUGACGAUGGAGAUAGUGACGAAGAUGACAGUGUGGGAUAUUACAAGCAUGCCAAGGGCAAUGAAGACUAUGACUUUAGUUCGGUCAAAGGGACACUCACCUAUUGUUACCAUUUCCUUCGAUACACUUUACUUGGUGAUUUCCAAGUAGCCUUUAGAUAUGUUCACAAGAAUUCAAAAAAGAAUAUUAAAUCUUUGGUUCUUGGUUUAUUAACUGUAUUCCUUGUUGUAUUAUUUAUAAGUUUCUUACAAAAUUUAAUUCAAGCUUCACCAAUUGUAUUCUUGAAAUUAUCAGAGGAUCAAACAGGAGAGUUGGAUCUUAUUUUAACAGGUGAUCCAUCAGCAAUCAUGGGGUCAUCUGGCAACACAUCUUUAUUAAAUGCUGCUCCCACUUUUAAUAAUAAUAAUGGUAAAAAUAGUACUGGAAAGAAGAUUGGAAAAAUGUUAAAAUCAUAUACUUCUACUGCAGCAAUGACACCAACCGAUAUAUUAUCAACAUUGAAUAGUUUUGAUAUAUCUAGCUUUUUUUUGUCACUCGACCAAGUAUUCAACUGCGUCGCUGCAGUACUGCUCGUACUCGGCGCACUCAUGAUCUACAGUCUUUUGCUGAGUGACGUCGAAGGUAAAACAUUUGAAUAUGGUAUGUUGCGUGCACAAGGUCUGCGUCACUACGCGCUCAUCAUCCUGCUCAUCACACAGGCCGUCUACUUUAGUGUGCCGGGUAUCAUCCUGGGUCUGUUUAUGGGGUGGGUAUUUUUCGCAAUCGUUGCACACUUUGUGUACGCGUUUGUCAUCCUCCCCGUCAACCUCACCUACUACCCCGUCUCGAUCGUCUCUGGUGUAUUUAUGGGUUUCUUUAUCCCCAUUAUCGCCAAUAUCGCCCCCAUCCAGCGUGCACUGUCGCGUACUCUGCGUGACGCGCUCGAUGUCUACCACCAAGUCAAAAACGAGACAAUGGUCAAGAUUAUGAAGUUGGAAGAGGUUGGCAUCGACUUGCUGCAGACACUGCUGGCUGUGCUCGCUGUCGGCGUGGGGUUCACCGUCUACUACCUCAUCCCAUACGCAUUCACGUUUUACAACUUUAGCCGUCCAGCCACUGAUCGAGCGUGCCAUCUUGUUUGUGCUCGUGUGGGGACCGGACCGUAUGUCAUUGUACCAAUUGGUCCGCAAGAACUUCUCACUCGACUUGGUGUAGGGUCGGAUAUUGCUAUUUUGGCAACAUCCAUCAAAGACCCGAUUCCAGAGGCACAAAUCACAGCGUUCCUCAACUCGGAUAUGGCCAACAACAGCAACUCGAUUAUCGCGGGCUAUACAACCGUCACAUUCCCGCUCAACAAGGUGCUCAAUAUCCAAAGCACGCAUCUGCGGACACUGGCCAAUUACCCCGACUACACCGUGCGUGUCUAUGGCAUGGACAAGAACUUCCUCGACAAUUCGUAUCUUGCGUUCUAUGACGUGACGGAGAAAUCGUCUUCCCUCGACUUCCCCUCGAUUCCAACAUCUGAUUUAACAACCAAGAAAAAGAAUGUACCCGAUGUCAUUGAGAGUUUGUAUACCAAUGCGCGUAAAGAUUUGAUUUCACUCGACGGCGACUCGAUUGUCGCGCCGCCCGCAGUGCAGUCGUACCGUGUGUCCAUGUACAAUACGAGUUGGGUCAGUGGGGACUCUCCGCUCGCCGUAGCAUACCGCAGCUUCAACAACAGCUACAUCUACCGCAACUACACUGACAUGGUCAUGUCGGAAGCAUUCCGUCAGGCGUGUGGAGCAGACACCCAAACGCCAUUCAAUUUCUACGUGCGCUUUAAAGGAAAGAUCGACUCGUUGUCACAACUCAACCUGCUUGCCAAGCCACAGGCAAUGGUCGAGAUGUUCCCCUCAUUCCUCUUUUCAGCGUACGGUGCCAUGGCUACCAGCUCGCCUGUCCUCCUCUCCAACGACCAAUUCCAAGAGAUUAUGCAGUGGGUUGUCUCCUUUUCAAAUGACACGACCGUCCAAAUGCCAGACACUAUACCAAAAUCCAAACUAUUGAUUAGACUCAAAGAGCAGGAUGCUCCACAACUUGACCGCGAGUAUAUCAUCAAUGGCAUUAAAAACUUUAUCAAAACUGAUGAUAUCCAAGUGAUUGACACUCAAUUCUUGCUUGGUAUGACUGAUACUGCCGUAUUGUUACUCGAUAUCUUUUUCUACACCGUGUCAGGUGCAGCCAUUGCACUUUGCUUUUUCAUGCUUUGGAUUUCGUUUAGUGCCAACAUUCACGAAAACUCUUGGGAGUUUGGUGUGUUGCGUGCUAUUGGUCUCACCAGUUUCCAAGUGACACGUAUCUAUAUCUACGAAGCACUUGUACUCAUCUUUUCAUCGGUCAUUCUCGGGCUCCUCAUUGGUCUCGGUAUUGCCAUCACACUGACUCUCCAAUUCGACCUCUUUACCCAACUCCCAUUCUCGUUCCAAUUCCCAUACGCCCUCUUCUUUGGUGUACUGUCAGCCUCCAUCCUCAUUGCCAUUGGAGUUUCAUAUCAAUCCUCUAAAGAAUAUAGAACAAGACAAAUUGCUUCUGUAUUAAAAGGAAAUAGACAAGAGACAGAGAGAGACAGAGAGAGACAGAGAGAGAAAGAUAGAGGAAAAAGUUUUGCGCGACAAGAUCAAGAUAAUUAUCACAAGAAACAAACAGCAAAGCGGCACAAAACACGUAAUUUUUAUAUAUACAAUAACUAUCAAUAUCUUGUUGUUGGUUUUUUCGUAACAUAA